AGUGUGGAGAGUUGUAGGAACAAGUACCUGCCUGGUGCUAACUCAACGGAGUCGGGACUCUACUUUUUAAACAGGCAAAAAAGAAAAACCCUCGCAAACAUGAGUAAGGACACCGAGGUCGAUAUGAAGGAUGUUGAGUUGAACGAGUUGGACCAGGAGAAACUACCGAUGACCGGCGACGGACCGGGGGCUGAGAAGAACGGAAACUUGAAGCAGAAGGAACAGGAGGAGGAUGUUAAGUUUACCGGGUUGUCGAAGGAAGAACUCAUGAAAGUCGCUGGUACACCCGGCUGGGUGAGGACACGCUGGCUGCUCCUGGUCUUGUUCUGGUUGGGCUGGGUGGGGAUGCUGGCUGGGGCCAUAGUGAUCAUCGUCCAGGCCCCCAGGUGUAAACCCAUACCCGAGAUGAACUGGUGGAAUCAGGGUCCUCUCUAUCAGAUCGCUGACCUGGACGCCUUCAACCACGACAAGGGAAUCAAAGGUGUAGUUGAGGUACUAGACAGUCUGAACCAGUUGAAGGUGAAGGGCUUGGUUCUGGGGCCUCUUCACACUGUCCAGCAGGACCAAGUAGACACUCUAGACCUGGUCUCUAUGGACCCCGGGGUAGGAAAUGACCAGGACCUGCUGGUUCUGCUGGACAAGGCCCACAAGAAGGGUAUCUCUGUGGUGUUGAAUCUGACCCCUAACCCUGGAGCUGACCCCUGGUUCAGCCCUGACAACUUGCCUAAAGUACUGGACAAACUCAGGGAAGCUGCUGAACACUGGCUGGGGAUGGGCGUGGACGGGGUGCAGGUGUCCGGCCUCGCUGCUGCCAGCGCCUCUUCUGAUUGGUCCAAGUUCCAGGGUGUCGUCCAGGGCAACAGGACAGAGGUGGACGUGAAGAAGAGAGCUGUAAUAGGAGUGGUUGAUGGUCAGGACUCCUCUGCCGUCUCUCAACUUCUCAACUCUUCUGGUGUGGAUCUGAUACUGUCUGAUGUCCUUAACAAGGAAAACUCCGGUAUCGAGAGAGCGAAGUCCAUCCACGGCCUGGUCUCCACCCAGAAACAGAGCUCUUUAGCCUGGGGUCUAGGAGGCAGUUUGGGGAACCAUCUGGCUUCAGUGGUGGAGAAACCAGAACUGGUACGACUUUACCAACUGCUGCUUUUCACACUGCCUGGAACACCUGUCUUCAACUACGGAGACGAGUUGGGCCUCGCGGACCAGGGCUCCACCUCUCCUAAGAUGCUGUGGGACACUGAGGAAGAGGAGGUUGCCGAAGGAGCUGUGAAGAACGAGACAGCGGAGGCCCAGAAGACUCAUCGUCUGACAUGUCGUUCGUGGUUUAAGACCCUCUCUGAUCUGAGGGGUAAAGAACGUUCCCUCCUUCAUGGGGACUACUUCCACCUCCACUCCUCCUCCUCAUCCCUCGCUUUCCUGCGUCUGUGGGACCAGAGCGAGCGAUACCUGACAGCCGUGAACUGGGGCUCCGCCUCCUUAGCCAUGGUCCUCAACAACACAGAGCUGAGCCUCCCUGAGCAGGCUAAAGUGAAGCUGAGUACAGACCCUGAGAACCUGGCUGCGGACACCUCUGUCUCGCUGGAUAAACUGCUGCUGGGACCAGGACAGGCUGUCCUAUUGACCUUUCCCUUCGCUUAGGAGGGACUAGAACAGAGACCAGGACUAGAGCAGAGACCAGGACUAGAGCAGAGACCAGGACUAGAGCAGAGACCAGGACUAGAGCAGAGACCAGGACUAGAGCAGAGACCAGGACUAGAGCAGAGACCAGGACUAGAGCAGAGACCAGGACUAGAGCAGAGACCAGGACUAGAGCAGAGACCAGGACUAGAGCAGAGACCAGGACUAGAGGAGAGACCAGGACUAGAGGAGAGACCAGGACUAGAGGAGAGACCAGGACUAGAGGAGAGACCAGGACUAGAGGAGAGACCAGGACAGGCUGUCCUAUUGACCUUCCCCUUCGCUUAGGAGGGACUAGAGCAGAGACCAGGACUAGAGGAGAGACCAGGACAGGCUGUCCUAUUGACCUUCCCCUUCACUUAGGAGGGACUAGAGCAGAGACCAGGACUAGAGCAGAGACCAGGACUAGAGCAGAGACCAGGACUAGAGCAGAGACCAGGACUAGAGCAGAGACCAGGACUAGAGCAGAGACCAGGACUAGAGCAGGCCAGAAUAAGAAACUACUAAACAUAACUUUUACACCAUGAACAAAGGGAGAAUGUUUUAGAUGACAGAAAACAAGCAGAAGGAAUAUAUAGUAUGAACAGCGGUUUAAAAUAUAAACGGUUAGGCCAGAAUGACUAUUUCCACCUGUUAAAACAUUCCAGUUCAGAUUUGAUCAAAUGUUUUUGUUGGCCGUUGUUUUGAAAACAUUUAAAAGGGAACUUUUUAGUUCCGUUUUUUUUAAAUGUGUUUUAUGACAUCGUGAGUUGAACUGUUGAAGUAGGAAAAUAUCAGUUUAAUUUAAUUUGUUUUAAUUUUUCUUCAAUCUGUUUUAUUCCAUCCAGUGGAACAGAAUUGUCAUUCAAAUGCUAGUAUUGGUAUUGUAUUGGUAUAGUAUUGGUAUAGUAUUGGUAUUGGUAUUGUAUUGGUAUAGUAUUGAUAUUGUAUUGGUAUUGUAUUGGAGAAGAUUGCUAGCUCCCUAUUGUGAUAUAUUGUUCUGACUAAAACUUGAAAGGAGUAAAUUAAAAGUCCUGCGUUAUAUUGCCUGGUGACAAUUAAA